GUACCAGUCACCUGUUAGAAUAGCAAAGAAGACAAAUACUGUUUUCAGACUUGAUCCUGAAUCGACUCCCGUACUAUUUAAUACGGUAUUUGAUCUCGUAGCAGUUAAAGCAAAUACCUUGACUUUUAGUUUGUAACUUCUAACUCAGACUUACUUUAACCAGUAAAAUCUACAUGACAGUGAGAAUGAGACAAUACAGUCAUGAUGUGCCAUAACAUAAAUGACAUGGAGAUCGCUGCUGCAGCAAACGUUUCAGGGAACGGUCUGAAUAACUGUUCGAGAGCGAGUGCAGUUUCAAAUUAGCAUAAUUUCUAUUGUCAGUCGCUCCAUGCUAAUUUCACUUUCCUUUUCCUGAACUGUAUGCAACCGAACGUCUCCUCGUCUGAGAGCCGUCUCCACUGUGUUCACAGCCGCGAGACAAAGAUAAUGAAAACUGUACUCUUGAAUUGAAUCAGCAGUUUUAUUCCAGCCAGAUGGAAAGAGUAACUUAAUUUCCACAAAUUUAGCAGUCAUUUAUGAUCAUGGAAACAGGAGCCAGUUUGAAUAUUUAAUCUCCCUGCAGAUUUACGUGCCAAUAUGACAGGGACACCGUAUGUCGUACUUUCUAGUGUUGACCCAGGAUAAUCUGAGUAGUCUGGAAGUUUCCACUCAAGAAUCUUCGCCUCGCCUUCAGUCCACACAGUAUCCACGAGCGUGCCACAUAUAAAUUGUGACAGGAAAGUCAUGUGAACAUGUGAUAUAAAUGUUGUGAUCUUCCAUGUGAUACGACGUUGCUGUGACCAUCAUCUUUUGUCUCUUCAGUCCUUUCAGAAUCUUUAAUCUGAUCAUGUACGUUGCACCACAUCUUCAUCAUUCUUGGGUUCCGGAUCACAAUAACAAAAAGGAGGAACGUGUGAAGAUGGAACAAGUUCCAAGUUUGAAGGACAGGGGGCGCGCAGACACAGCCGCUCACAGCACAUCCUCCAGCUCCUCGCAGCACCGCCACAUCACAGACCACACUCCGUGCGUUCUCCAGCGCUGAGCUGCAGCCAUGUCUCCAAACACCUGCCUGGAUUCGGUGGAGCGGCUCCGUGACGCUGGUUCCACCGGAGCUUCGGUUUAGCCCCCGGACUGAGGUUUGGAACAAGAUGUGCUGGAUGUAUUUUCUCCGCAGGUUUUAAAGUGGAGGAAAGCCCAGAAACCAUGUGAAGACCUGGUGUUUCUACUGGUGGAUACAUCGGAGGGAAACACGGACUUCAAUAAGGAGUAAAACAGCUCAACAUUUCUGCGGUUUCUCAGGGGAAGAAAAGAUCCUUUAAUGAGGAAACACCGAGGGAAGAGAUGGUAGAGAAUGGCUGCACCUGACCUUCUUGACCCAAAGUCUGCCACCAGCAACUCCAAGCCUCGCCUCUCAUUCUCCACCAAACCCGUGGUUCUGAACGCUCCGGAGGAUGAGUGUGACACUCGGACUACAGUCAUGAGGUGGAAAACCGUCUCAGCCAUCUUCUUCUUGGUGGUGCUUUACCUGAUCAUUGGAGCCACGGUGUUCAAAGCUCUGGAGCAGCCUUACGAGAACUUACAGAAAAUCGCCAUCCUUGAGAAAAAGAUUGACUUUUUGACCACACAUUCCUGUGUCAACUCCUCUGAACUGGAAGAUCUGAUGAAGCAAGUGGUCUCAGCGGUUCGAGCAGGUGUGAACCCGUCAGGAAAUCUGUCCAAUCAGACGAGCCUGUGGGACCUCAGCUCCUCUUUCUUCUUCUCUGGAACUGUUAUCACUACAAUUGGGUUCGGGAACAUCUCCCCUCACACCGAAGGAGGACGAAUCUUCUGCAUCAUCUACGCGCUGCUGGGGAUUCCUCUGUUUGGAUUCUUAUUGGCUGGGGUGGGAGACCAGCUGGGCACCAUUUUUGGAAAGGGCAUCGCCAAAGUGGAGAAGAUGAUCGUGAAAUGGAAAGUCAGUCAGACGAAGAUCCGAGUCAUCUCCACGCUGCUUUUCAUCCUCUUCGGCUGCCUCAUCUUUGUGGCCCUGCCUGCUGUUAUCUUCAAGCACAUCGAAGGCUGGAGCACCCUGGAGUCCAUCUACUUUGUUGUCAUCACUCUCACUACCAUCGGCUUCGGCGACUUUGUUGCUGGGGAAAAAGGUGGAUCAGAGAGUCUGGUGAACCUGGACUACUACAAGCCUGUGGUGUGGUUCUGGAUCCUGGUGGGUCUAGCGUACUUUGCAGCCGUGCUCAGUAUGAUCGGAGACUGGUUCAGAGUCAUCUCCAAGAAGACCAAGGAGGAGGUCGGCGAGUUCCGAGCUCAUGCAGCCGAGUGGACGGCCAACGUGUCGGCAGAGUUCAAAGAGACGCGGCGGCGCCUCAGCGUUGACAUCUACGACAAGUUCCAGCGCGCGGCGUCCAUGAAACGCAAGCUGUCAUCAGAGCUGGGCAUCAACGCGUCCAUGAACCAAGAGAUGACGCCCGGCAAGAGGACGCUGUCGGCCAACCUGUAUGAGGACAGAGAGAGUUACCCCAACCUGAGUCUGUCCCUCAGCCCGGUGUCAGGAGCCCUGAGCAGAAACGGCAGCCUCUACCUGAACGGGCUGAGCCCAGACUACGCCGAUCGAAGGGAGAUCCCCAUCAUCGAAAACCUGAAAUGAGAAUAAUCUGAUCCAGUCUGCUGCAACAGCAGAAAGAGAUUCUCUUUGUGGUUUCCUUUCUUAGUGGAAGGCUCCGGAAGUACUUCACAGGCAUGUUUGAAGACAAAAUUGAAGAAGCUGUGUCCUCAGAGGUUCUGUCCUCCAGUCCAGUGUCUUUAAGUCCACGUGUGACGUCACGUGGAACAGCUGUGCCAAAUAUAAAACCGUGUUCCCGUCAGGACGUCACUGUCAAAGGCUGGGGUUUUGUAAAGUUUCUGGGCGGGACAUUGAUUAAACCUCAUGUUGAUGUAGCGCCACACACUGGUCACCAUCCAUCGUGAAGCCAUAAAAAAGUCCUGAGAGAAAAGACAGAACUGAUGACACGUUCAUGAAUAGCAAUAGACGUAGCUGUUUUCCUCCUGCUCAGUUUCCAGAGACUCUUAAAUCUGCAUCAGAUGUUGAGGACUUGGUUCUUUUAUUUUUUAUUCAAGGAUUUUUUUUUCCGUUUUACACCCCGCGGUCAGAGUUGUCGGCUUUCUUGUAUUCACCACACACUCUGCCCUCAGUCAAGACCUGAAUGUUGACAUUCACGUUCAUGCUUCAGGACAGAGAUCGAGCUUUUCACCCUAAGGAAUUACCCACUUGUGCCUUACUGAAUACCACGAUGAACAUGUGAGGAGGAGGAGGAGGGUGAACGGACGGAUCGUGCACAGCAGUGAUAACGAAAAUGAUCAACACAGUGAAAUUAGGAACAGCGAAAAUGUUCCAUCUCCGUUGUUUUAAUCCCGACUCAAUGAACUGAAAUAGUUUUAUUAGCUUCAGUUCCAGAAACAUUCAUUGAACAUCAGAGUCCUCAUUAUCAUUGCUUUCAUUUGUCCGUAAAGCGUUGAAAUGCAAGGAACAUUUCAUUAAAACCUAAAGGAAAUCUGUCUGUUUUUACCAAAGUCACAGAUUCCUAACGAGACUCGAAUUUUUCAUCACGUUGUUAAAAAGAAAUCAAAAAGUAGACUGUCUUUCUCACCUGGAAUCACCAUCAAAAUAUCAUUACAAACACCCUGCAACAUGAAUAUGCUUCCUGUGUAGCACCACUAUAUCUGUUCAUUGCAUUGGGACGUCACAGUAUCAACCUGGUGUUGGUAGAAGUCACGUGCCUCACUUUGUCUUUUCCCCUUGUCAUGCAGUUUCUAUUACUGAGGUAAAACUGCUAACAUUACACAUCAACUGUAUCGGCCUUAUGGUCUGCUCCAUCAGAGGACCAGAUCUACAGGCAACAUUGGUCUACGUUCAGCUCAGAUGUUAGAUCAGUCUAAGAACGUGUGAGAGUCUUUCUGGAUGUCAGACACAGACCAGAUGAAUCUUUCUGGGCCAGAACAGGGCCAUCCCUGGUCCAGCUGUGUGGGCCACUAACAGCUGUAAUACACUGGAAAACAUUUGUUACAUUUUUUUAUUUUUGCAUUUAUUUAUUUAUAUUUUGUUUCAUAUCAGUACGCACAAUAUUUAUGUCCCGGCUUUAAUGGAGGGCAUUUUUUACAGAUCCAAAGUCGACUCUUUAACAUCGUUGAAU